AUGCCUCUGGCCAGUGGCAGGCUCUGUGAGGUUAUUGCGCUCGCCGCCUCACUGCUGCUCGGCUCAUGUGGGACGGACGGAGAAGAGGUAUGUGACAACCCGCUGCUGUCCAGCCUGCCGCCAUCAUCCUUCAGAAGCUCGUCUCAGUUGUCCAGCAGUCAUGGACCAGUUUUUGCCAAAGUCAACAGGAGAGAAGGAGCUGGAGGCUGGUCCCCUCUGGUCUCAGACAGGUACCAGUGGCUGGAGGUGGAUCUUGGGAGACGAACACAGAUCGCUGCCGUUGCCACGCAGGGCCGUUACGGCAGCUCUGACUGGCUGACGGCUUACCUGCUGAUGUUCAGCGACACGGGACACAACUGGAGACAGCACCGACAGGAAGACAGUUUAGGGGCUUUUCCAGGUAACAGUAACGCUGACACUGUGGUCCAGUACAAGCUGGAGCAGCCAGUGAUUGCACGCUAUCUUCGUUUGAUCCCAUUGGACUGGAACCCCACUGGGAGGAUUGGUCUCAGACUUGAAAUUUACGGCUGCAGAUAUACUUCAGACACUGUAAGCUUUGAUGGUAGCAGUAGCCUGGUUUACAGACUGAACAUCAGGCCGAACUGGGCGUCGAUGGAGGUCAUCUCUCUGAAGUUUAAAACUCUGAAAAAUUCAGGGACGCUGCUGCACGCUGAAGGACACAGAGAUCACAGCCUGCAUCUCGUGCUGGAGAAAGGAAUGCUGCUGCUCUAUCAUCAACAAGGUGUGGGUUUAUCAUCCGGUGGUCAGCUUCUUCUUUCUCUCGGUAGUCUGCUUGAUGAUCAGCACUGGCAUUGUGUGAGAAUGGAACGGCUCGGCACUCAUCUCAACCUCACCGUGGAUAAAAACACACAGCACGUUUACUUACCCGCUGAACUCAGCCACUGGCACAUUCACACGCUGAGUCUGGCCGCAGUUCAGAGCCAUGGAUUGCAGAAACCUAUUCUUCCCAACAGGAACUUUCACGGCUGCCUGGAAAACCUGCUGUACAGUGAUCUGAAUCUAAUAGAGCUGGCCAAAAAAAACAGUCCACAGGCCACUGUUGUGGGCAAUGUGACCUUUUCUUGUGCUGAGCCGGUUUCGGUUGCUUUGACGUUUACUGACAUGCACAGCUUCCUUCAGCUGCCUGGUCUGACAUCGUGGUCAUCAGGGUUUGCUUCUAUAACACUUCAGUUCAGAACAUGGAACGAGGUUGGACUACUCCUGACCUUUGACCUCACAAAUCAGGAAGGGACAGUCUUUCUGUACCUGAGCGAGACCAGGCUUCGCCUUCAGAUCAGGAAAGCUAACAGGACACAGCUGGAACUCAGCACAGGCUCGGGUCUGAAUGAUGGUCAGUGGCAUUUUGUGGAGCUGAAAUCCCAAAAAGAUCAUCUCAGCAUAACUGUGGACAAAGACAAAGGAGCCACUGCUCACAACAAUAUUUUGCUGCCACUUACUUCAGACAGCCAACUCUUCUUUGGCGGUUGUCCUGCCCAGAGGGGCAUCCUCAUGUGCAGAAACCCCUUCAGUGGGUUUCAGGGAUGCAUGCGUCUCCUGACUCUGGAUGGCCAGCUUGUUGACCUGAUGAAAGUGCAGCAAAGACUCCUGGGUGACUACAGCCACCUGCAAAUUGAUUUGUGUGGCAUCAUUGACAGAUGCUCUCCAAGUUACUGUGAGCAUGGAGGUAGAUGUACUCAGUCAUGGAGCAACUUCCACUGUAACUGUUCCAACAGCGGCUACAGAGGAGCCACCUGUCUCACCUCAACAUAUGAAAAGUCAUGUGAGACGUACAAACACAAAGGCCACACCUCUGGGCACUAUUACAUAGAUGUUGAUGGCAGCGGACCUCUCAAACCCCAGCUCGUUUAUUGUAACAUGACAGAGGACAAGACAUGGGUUGUGAUCCCGCACAAUAACACAGAGCUGACCAGAGUUCAAUCCUCCUCAGAAAGAAACCAACACUUUGCCCAUUUUGACUACUCUUCUGAGGAGGAGCAGCUUGCAGCCAUCAUUAGUCAAUCAGAGCACUGUGAGCAGGAGUUGUCCUACCACUGCAGGAGGUCCCGCCUCCUCAAUACCCAAGAUGGAGGUCCAUUCAGCUGGUGGGUGGGAGGCCCAGGUCCAGGUCAAGUCCAGACCUACUGGGGUGGAGCUCAGCCUGGCAGCCAGCAGUGUGCUUGCAGUCUGCAGAACAGCUGUUUGGACUCAACUUACCACUGCAAUUGUGACGCUGACUAUGACCAGUGGACUGAUGACUCAGGUCUGCUCACCCACAAGGAAACCCUCCCAGUCAGGUCUCUGGUGCUCGGUGACAUCCAAAGGCCGGGAUCAGAGGCAGCCUAUCAGGUGGGACCCUUCCGUUGUCAUGGAGACAAGAACUUCUGGAACGCAGCAUUUUUUGACAAAGAGACAUCCUACCUCCAUUUUCCCACCUUCCAUGGAGAGCUGAAUGCAGAAAUCUCUUUUCUUUUUAAAACAACAUACUCUUCUGGGGUCUUUCUCGAAAACUUGGGGAUCAAGGACUUCAUAAGGAUAGAACUGAGCUCUUCCACAGAGGUUGUCUUCUCUUUUGAUGUGGGGAAUGGACCUCUGGAAGUCAGGGUGGUGACGAAUGUCCCUUUGAAUGACAACCGGUGGCACAGUGUGCGAGCUGAGCGAAAUGUGAAGGAGGCAUUGCUGCGUGUGGAUGAUUUUCCUGCUGCUACCCACGAAGCCCCUGUGAACGGACACAUUCAUCUUCAGCUCAACAGUCAGCUAUUUGUUGGAGGCACAGCAUCCAGACAAAAGGGCUUUUUGGGCUGCAUUCGUUCUCUGCAACUGAAUGGUGUUACCCUGGACCUGGAAGAGAGGGCCAAGAUCACCCCGGGAGUCCGACCUGGAUGCCCGGGCCACUGCAGUAGUUAUGGUUGGCUUUGCCAAAACCAUGGACGCUGUGUGGAAAAGGCCCAAGGGAUCUUCUGUGAUUGCAGCCAUUCUGCCUACACCGGAGCUUUCUGCCACAGAGAGGUUUCUGCCAGCUUCAAGUUGACCACAUCCAUCACCUACGUCCUGAGAGAACCAUACGACCACAGUGCCCUGCCUUCUUCCAUCUACUCAGAUACCACGCUGAGAGGAGAAAACAUCUCCCUGAACUUUAUGACUGGUCACAGUCCUGCUCUGCUGCUAUACAUCAACUCUUUCUACCAUGAAUACCUGAUCGUUCUUAUCAACAGUCAAGAUGAGCUGGAACUGAGGUACAAGUUGCACAGCAACAGAGAUGUCGAGCUGUUGAGAAGCAGAGUCACAAACUUGGCUGACGGGCGUCUACACACAUUGACCAUCCAGCGACAGGCAGCCUCUGUGUCAGUGCAGAUUGACCAGAGUGCCAUAGAGGACUUCAAGUUGACAUCUGAUGUGGAAUUCAACAGCAUCAAAUCACUCACUCUGGGCAGAGUGACGGAUACUGAUGGAUUGGAUCCAGAGCUGACUGGGCUGUCCACUCAUGGGUUCACGGGCUGCCUGUCAGGUGUUCAAUUUAACUCCAUCUGUCCACUGAAAGCUGCUCUGCUUCAUCCUGACAGCCGUGUUAUUGUCACUGGCCUUGUGGGACAAUCAGGCUGUGCUUCCUCUGCUCCAGCUAAUCCUUACUCUGCAGAGACUACACACACCUUAUCAGACCAAUCUGGCUCAGUGGAUCCAGGUCAGCCUUUAGCCAAUGCCAUCAGGAAUGACUCGGCUGUAAUUGGAGGUGUGAUCGCUGCAGGGAUUUUUGUCACGGUGUCUGUGUUGGCUCUUAUGGCAAGAUUCAUCUGUAGCAGGACAGGCACGUAUCGGAAUCCGGAAGUAAAAGCAAAACAGCCUGAGGACGGCCAUGGGUUCCCUUUCAGCAGUCAGGCAGACUCUGAGUGCACAAACUGA